AGGUGUGGGCGGGGUCCGACGGACGGAUGAAUCAUUCACCCACAGUUAGACAGAUUAAAGCGAUCUCUGUGCUGGAUUGAACAGUGCGGGUCCCCGAUCAGGUUUACAGCAGAUGAAUCGGUGAUCAUCAGAAUGAAGAAGAGUGUGGAGGUGAUGAAGAAGAUGUGAUGGCCUCCUGAACAGCAGCAGCUCACACAUCGAGCGCAACUUCGCUGUAUCAUCGUUCGGUUUGGGGAGAAAUGUCUGAUUGUGGGCGAUACGCUGCUGAGUGUGCUGUUAUGAGACGUCUGUGAGCUGAUGGCGUGUGUUCUGGCCGUCAGGGCGGUCAUGCCUCCUCCGUCUGACAUGGUGAAGGUGGCCAUCGAGUGGCCCGGAGCAAACGCUCAGCUCAUCGAGAUCGACCAGAAGAAGCCGCUGGCGUCCAUCAUUAGAGAAGUGUGUGAUGGAUGGUCUCUGUCCAGUUCAGAGCAGUUCGGCCUGCGCUACGCUGACGGACCACAGCUGUACAUCACUGAGCAGAACCGCGGGGACAUUAAGAACGGCAGCAUCCUCAGGCUGGCCAUCUCUCCUAUGCGAGCGGCUCGACAGCUGCUGGAGCGUAUCCAGUCUCAUGGAAUAGACGCGCGUCUGGAGGCUCUGAAAGAGCUGGCCAAGCUCUCCGCUGACCCCAGCUUCGCCACAGAGUUCAUCCACACAGAGGGCCUGGGGACACUGGCACGGCUGGUGGAGAGCGGCACACAUUUCGGGGAGAUGCUGGCCUUUACCCUCACAGCGUUUCUGGAGCUCAUGGAUCAUGGCAUCAUGUCCUGGGAUCUGAUAUCGGUGUCCUUCAUCAAACAGAUCGCAGCUUACGUGAACCAGCCCAUGAUGGAUGUGUCCAUCCUGCAGCGCUCCCUGGCUAUCCUGGAGAGCAUGGUGCUGAACAGCCACAGCCUUUACCAGCGUGUGGCCCAGGAGACCCCGGUGACCCAGCUCAUCACACACCUGCAAGUGUCCAAUCAGGAGAUCCAGACGUACGCCAUCGCCCUCAUCAACGCCCUGUUCCUCAAAACCCCAGAGGACAGACGCCAGGAGAUGGCGAGUACACUAGCUCAGAAACACCUCCGCGGAAUCAUACUCAAUGUAAGUCACAUCAUCCGGGGAAAUCGACCAGUCAAAGCUGAAAUGGCUCAUCAGCUGUACGUGCUGCAGGUUUUGACCUUCAACCUUCUGGAAGAACGCAUGAUGACCAAAAUGGACCCGAAUGACCAGAAACAAAGAGAUAUCAUCUUUGAACUCAGAAGAAUUGCGUUUGAUGGAGACAGUGAUCCCAGUGGAACAGAAAAGAGGAAAGCCAUCUACACUAAAGACUACAGGAUGCUGGGCUUCACUAAUCCUGUGAAUCCUGCUAUUGAUUUCACUCAGACACCACCAGGAAUGCUGGCACUAGACAACAUGCUUUACCUUGCCAAAGUGCAUCAGGACACGUAUAUAAGAAUUGUUCUAGAAAACAGCAGUCGAGAAGAUAAACAUGAGUGUCCAUUUGGUCGCUCUGCCAUUGAGCUGACGCGCAUGCUGUGUGAUAUUCUACAGGUUGGAGAACUGCCAAAUGAAGGGUGUAAUGACUUCCAUCCCAUGUUUUUUACCCACGAGCGUGCUUGGGAAGAGUUCUUCUGCAUCUGCAUACAGCUGCUCAAUAAGACAUGGAAAGAAAUGAGGGCCACUGCAGAGGAUUUCAACAAGGUGAUGACGGUGUUGCGAGAACAGGUAACUAGAUCUCUGGCCAUGAAACCUCCGUCUCUGGAGCAGCUACGGGUCAAACUGUGCAGUCUCAGCUACUCUGAGGUCCUGCGUCUGCGUCAGUCUGAGAGAAUGAGCCAGGAUGACUUCCAGUCGCCCCCUAUAAUUGAGCUGCAUGAACGGAUCCAGCCGGAGAUUCUGGAGCUGAUCAAACAGCAGCGACUCAGUCGUCUCUGUGAGGGCAGCUGCUUUCGCAAACUUGGCAACAGACGGAGACAAGAGAAAUUCUGGUUCUGCCGUUUGUCGUUGAAUCACAAGGUCCUGCACUACGGAGAUCUGGACGAGUCUCCACAGGGCGAAGUGCCCUUUGAACUACUCACCGAUAAGAUUCUGGUGUCGGACAUUAAAGCAGUGCUGACGGGGAAAGACUGUCCGCACAUGAAGGAGAAGAGCGCACUCAAACAGAACAAGGAAUUGUUAGAGUUGGCAUUUUCCAUCCUCUAUGAUCCUGACGAGGCUCUCAACUUUGUGGCAACCAACAAAUACGAGUACUGCAUCUGGAGAGAUGGACUGUCUGCGCUCUUGGGGAAGGAGUUAGGCAGUGAUCUCACACGAAGUGACCUUGACACAUUAAUGAGCAUGGAAAUGAAGCUCCGCCUCCUUGACCUGGAGAACAUCACCAUCCCUGAGGCUCCUCCCCCUGUUCCCAAAGAGCCCAGCACUUACAACUUCACCUACAACUAUGGAUGAGAUGGAUCUGCCCUCACAUUCAGUGCUUGUGUUUUCUGUGUUGUUCAUCUUCAGAGGUGAAGUGUGUCAUUUGUCUGUCACUAAGAAAAGUUCCUGCCUGUUUCAUGUUGAGAAUCAAUCUGUGACCUACAUGGGCCAAAGAGCAUGACACACUUCACCUUUAUGGUAGUGUAUGUGGCUGAACAUGAUCAUGGUUUCCAGAGUCCUUUUACGAAUGUUUGUAAGGCAGAAAAAACUAACCGUUCUUUUGUCUUCAAGAAUUUAUUUUUAAACGAGAGAAGCAGAAACAGUAUCCUAAACAUCAUUGUGCGUCUACUCCCAUGUGUGAUGUGGUGUUAACUCAACUGAACAGUAACUUUGAACACCCCACAUAUCUGUCUGCAGAGAACUAAUAUUUACUGACAUUUGCUUGUCAAUAAAAAUAUAUUUUUUGUACUUUGUGAAAGACACUAUAUGUUAUGUUGAGAACACAAGGUUUGCAUGAAACGGAGGAAGAAAGCAAGUAAGUGCAAGAAGAUUUUGUGCUGAAUUCUGACUCGUGGACUGAAUGGGAUACGACAUUGAAAAAUCAACCUCUCUCUACAGUCCUGCAGAAACUAUGUGAUAAUAGCCAUACGAGUUUGUUGAUUUGGACAUUUAUUCUGUGAUUUCUGUUACAGUACUUACACAUGACUGCUCACUCUGUUAAGAUGAAAUAUUUACACAUGUUUAUCUUCUGUAUGUUCAUUCAUGUUUGCUUGCCAUACUAUAAGGUUAUUCUGUGUGAAAGUAGCGAUUCCCUUUUUAUUUCUCAUUGCCAAAUAGGUAAUUUAAUUUUUUUUUUCCUUUUGAUUUGUGAAAGUUGUGCAUUUAUUGUUAUUGACGGGAGAAAAAACAUUCCAUCAUUUAAAAUUUGAUGGUGUAACAAUAUUUUCUGAAGGCCACUAUAUAUAAACUGUAUAUAUUGUACUGCCUUAUCACAGUAAUGCAAUGGAUUUGUGUGCAAUAAUAAAAUGUGUUUAAGUCA